AUGCCCAACGAGCGACGAAGCGGGUCGUCGCAACAGGCGAGCGACUUCGGCUCGCUCGCUUCACCGUCGCCCCAUUCUGGCGGCGACAAGGGCAGCAACAACAACAACCACAACAACACAGACUACAUAGUAGAAGGAGUGAGAGUGAGCCCUCGCUUCCCCUUGACCCGUGGCCCAUGCAUGCCCUGUCAGUCGUGCUGCAAGAUGGCCGAUUUCGAAUGGAGUCCCCGCUGGCUGAACCCCUUGAAGCGCUGA